CAGCUUUCCGCGUUGAUUGAACCUGUCAAAGACCGUCCCGCACUGAUUUCUGGUUGACUUUGGAGCCAUGGACAGGCUAAGGGAAAUUGUAUAGAACACCUUUAACAGACUCCCACACCUAAAGAAGAUCUUCUACUUAAGGGAAUUGACAGCGUUAGAACAAGGCAGGUCAGUUUGGAGCAGCAGAGCACAUCUCACAAAGGCUGGACGAAGUUUCGAGCACAUGUUCAAUGUCCAUUUCGUGUGACAACAGGAGGUUUUUUGGCAGUUGAUCGUGAGGGGCAAGUCAUGUAGCAGUCUAGGCCGUUGCCCAUCUUGCCAAGCAGUAGAGGCGAAAAUUCUCCAUUCGUGUCGUGGCCAAAGAUGAAUCCUUCACAGAGCGGCUUGCUCUAAUGUUCGAGCGCUGCAAAUUCGUCGAAUAGAGGGGUGUAUAUUUUAUGCAAUUUGCAAGUGGAGAAGGCGGACUUCUAAGUGGAAUUUGAUGAUUAGGGUCAAGUCUUAUGUUGUAUGACCUGUGUACUGACUGCUCUCAGAACUCAAGCUUUGAACGCUCGAGCUGCAGCUGGUUGAACGGAAAUCUGUCCGAAGGUUGGUCAGCAAGCUUACUAAAAUGGAGGUCACUAAUGUCUAUGCAAAAGUCCUGAUUAUUGCUACAGUUGGAGGGGCUUUUCUACUUUGCAUCGUCUUUGGAGCAUUCGCAAUCGAUGGGGACAUCGUGUUCACCCACCGGCAGAUUUUGGUGGGCGUUUUUCUCAUAAUAGUUGGAGCCUUCGGCUCUUGUAUUGUAACUUGCAUGUGCUGCAUGGGAGUAGAAAAUACUCAGGUGACCAUGGACUGCUGUGGCUUGUCAUUUGAUAUUGAUUGAGUUUGCAGGCCAUUGUACUCCUGUCUGAAAUCUGAUUCAGAAGGUCCCAGCCCUGAGUGGCGUGGCCAGAUACUGAAGAAAGCCUCUCACCGGGGAGCGGUGAUUGACUGUCUCUAAAAAACAGGCGAUUCAGCCUCUUGUGCCAAGUUUGCAUGUACAGACAAGUAAACAGUCAAUUGGUCAUUGCGACAAUUGCAGAAGAGUUUAAUUCCAUGAUUCCUUAAAAACAGCCUCGCUGGUUAUUCUCUUUCCUAUGAAGUCAUCCAUACUGAUGCAGAGAUAUUCGGUCUUUGAACGUUCGUUUAUGUCCAAAUGCACAAGACGUCUAAAGGCUCAAGGAAUUACA